GAGCUAUAACGAGAGGUUGGACAAACUUGUGUUGUUUUCUCCAGAGCGACGCAGGCUGGGGUGAGACUGGAUGGAGAUUCAAGAUUUCGAGAGGAAUAAAUUGAGUGGACAGACGAUAUAUUUCUCCUGGGGGUUAAAAUGUAGCAAUACAUUAAAGGUGAGAAACAGAGUAGUGGAUAGCUGGAGUCACUGCCUGGUGAGAAAGAACCUACAAGUCACGUGAUCCAAUUUUCCCCUCCCAUUUAACCACCGGUGGGCAGUAUCUGCGCGUCUGAUUCCGAGGCCCGGCCCUCCGGAUGAUGUAACAAUCUAUACCGGCAUGCUCACUGUCUCCGUGUGGACCUUGUUUUCCUUUCCGCUCAGCGCAGAAGUGGAUUGACUGCAGCGUCGUUAAAGGAUUAUCGCCUCCAUUGUGGCGAAGGGGGUCGAGAUCACUGUCUGCUGGCCGAAGUUAUCACUUUCCCAUCAGUGAGUACUGAGAGCGAUCUCGAGCGGGGACAUCCGAUGUUGGCCGUGAGCCCCGAACUGAGGGCCAAUUACUCAUUUAGUAGCCAGUUAUCUGGGCUCGUCAGAAAUGUGUCCACUUCACUGAAUUUGCAUUGAGCGAUCCAAACCAGGAGCCCAGGCUGUCUAUAUCCAAAGAAUUUGAACUGGAAGUCCCGCCAACAGGUCACGUGAGGGCAGAUCUGCCCCGCCCUCCACUUUGUGACGCAAAAUCAUCUGAUGUGUUUUAAAGUUGGACCUGUGCUGAGAGAUUUAUUGGAAGAAAAACCCCAACUGGAAGGAAAGCACGACUGAAGAUGAGAGAACAACAAAAAGGGAACCUUCCAGAGGAUUGAGAGCAUCAACUGGAGAGAACCCAUCUGACUCAGAGAUUCCAGUGAUUCAGUCAGAAUAAAAUUUGGGAUUUGGAGCUGGAAGUGGAAGAACUCUGGAUCAUUCAGGAGUCAGAGGGGAGGAUGGAUAUGUCAUGAAGAGAGGUUUAAAACGACAAGGAAUUUAUCUACAGAAAUCACGGAUACUACAUGCCAAAUUUUCUGUCUGUGUCCAGAUAUCUAAGAAUUGGAGCAAUCGAUCAUUCUUCCUACGCCGACUGUGGGGAGGGAUUCACUUGAUCAACUGACCGACCGGCACGCCUGUCAUUUUUCUCAUGGGGAACGCCAUUCACCUACCCAGACUGUUGGAAUGGAUUCACUCGGUCAGCUCAACUGAAGGUACAUCAGCAAGUUCACACUCAGACAAGUCCAUUCACCUGUUCUCGGGGUGAGAAGGGAUUCAGUCGGUAUUCCCACCUGUGGACACACCAGUCAGUUCACACUGGGCAGAGGCUGGAUAUCUACUGAAUUUUUGGGGAAGGAAUCACUCGGUCAUCUGACCAAAUGGCUCACCAGCGAGUUCACACCGGGGAGCUGCCAUUCACCUGCUCAGACUGUGGGAAGGGAUUCAUUUACUCAUCUAAGCUGAAGGUAUAUCAGUGUGUUCACACUGGAGAGAGGUCAGUCUGUGAGAAGAGACUCACUAAGUCAUCUCACCUACAGAGACAACAGGAAGUUCACUCUGUGCAGAGGCCGGUCACCUGCUCAGUCUGUGAGAAGAGUUUCAGCAAGUCAUCACAUCUACUGUGUCACCAGCAAGUUCACACUGGAGAGAGGCCAUUCACCUGUUCAGAAUGUGGGAAGGGAUUCACUCAGUCAUCUCAUCUACAGAGACACCAGCGAGUUCACACUGGGGAGAAGCCAUUCACCUGCUCAGACUGCGGGAAGGGAUUCAUUCAGUCACACGACCUACUUGCACACCAACGAAUUCACACUGGAGAGAGGCCAUUCACCUGCUCAGACUGUGGGAAGGGAUUCACUAAGUCAUCCCACCUACAGAGACACCAGCGAGUUCACACUGGAGAGAGGCCGUUCACCUGCUCAGACUGUGGGAAGGGAUUCCCUUGCUUAUCUGAACUUAAGGUACAUCAGAGAAUUCACACUGGUGAGAGGCCAUUCACCUGCUCAGACUGUGGUAAGGGAUUCAUUCGGUCAUCUCAACUACAGAGACACCAGCGAGUUCACACUGGGGAGAAGCCGUUCACCUGCUCAGACUGCGGGAAGGGAUUCAUUCAGUCUCCCGACCUACUGGCACACCAGCGAAUUCACACUGGAGAGAGGCCGUUCAUCUGCUCAGACUGUGGGAAGGGAUUCACUCGGUCAUCCCACCUACAGAGACACCAACGGGUUCACACUGGUGAGAAGCCAUUCACCUGCUCAGACUGUGGGAAGGGAUUCACUCAGUCACCCAGCCUACUAUGUCACCAGCGAGUUCACACUGGAGAGAGGCCAUUCACCUGCUCAGACUGUGGGAAAGGAUUCACUCAGUCAUCUCAGCUGAAGGUACAUCAGCGAAUCCACACAGGAGAUAGGCCGUUAACCUGCUCAGACUGCGGAAUGGGAUUCACUCAGUCAUCUCAUCUACAGAGACACCAGCGAGUUCACACUGGAGAGAAGCCAUUCACCUGCUCAGACUGCGGGAAGGGAUUCAUUCAGUCACACGACCUACUGGUACAUCAGCGAAUUCACACUGGGGAGAGGCCAUUCACCUGCUCAGACUGCAGGAAGGGAUUCACUCAGUCACACGACCUACUGGUACACCAGCAAGUUCACACUGGAGAGAGGCCGUUCACCUGCUCAGACUGUGGGAAGGGAUUCAGUAAGUCAUCCCACCUACAGAGCCACCAGCGAGUUCACACUGGGGAGAAGCCGUUCACCUGCUCAGACUGUGGGAUGGGAUUCAGUAAGUCAUCUCUUCUACAAAGACACCAGCGAGUUCACACGGGGGAGAAGCCGUUCCCCUGCUCAGACUGUGGGAAAAGGUUCACUGUGUCAUUAUACCUACUGGUACACAUGCAAGUUCACACUGGGGAGAAGCCGUUCAUCUGCUCAGUGUGUGAGAAGAGAUUCACUAUGUCAUCCCACCUACUGCGUCAUCAGCGAGUUCACACUGUAGAGAGGCCGUUCACCUGCUCAGACUGUGGGAAGGGAUUCACUUGUUCAUCCGAACUUAAGGUACAUCAGAGAAUUCACACAGGAGAUAGGCCGUUUAACUGCUCAGACUGCGGAAAGGGAUUCACUCGGCCAUCUCAUCUACAGAGACACCAGCGAGUUCACACUGGGGAGAAGCCGUUCAGUUGCUCAGACUGUGGGAAGGGAUUCACUCAGUCAGCCAGCCUGCAGAGACACCAGCGAGUUCACAGUGGAGACAGGCCGUUCACCUGCUCAGACUGUGGGAAAGGAUUCAAUCAGUCAUCUCAGCUGAAGGUACAUCAGAGAGUUCACACUGGGUAGAGGCAAUUUACCUGCUCAGACAUUGGGAUGAGUUUCUCUCAGACAUCUCCAUCAAAUAUGCAUAUUUGAGCUCAAAUUGGGGAGAGGCUGUUCACCUACUGUGAAUGUGGGAAGGGAUUCACUCAGUUAUCUAACCUUAUGACACACUACCGGGUUCGCACUGGGGAGAAGGUUUCAAUAAGCUGCAUGCUAGAUAAUUGUCCAUCACCGUUGCUGAAUGCAAUUUUGACAGCGACUAUAUGUGCUGAACUCUGCCACCACUCCCAGUUCUGCACCCUGGUCACUGGGCAUGGGAGGAGUUUCUUCUGUUGUAUAUUCGCCUUUAAUGGGAGUGGAGUUUAAUAUUCUGGAUAUGAGACAAAUAAAUCUUUUCUAUUUUGAACUCUGUCUCCAUUACUUAGUGAAGUUAUAACAUACCUAGAGUACAGUAGAGAGUCAACUCAGGUUGGCUGUACCCUGCCAGUGAUUCUGCUCCAGGGCAGUCCUUUUCAAUCCACCCCUGUUGUUUGUCUCUUGCUCUCCCUCUGGUGAUGGGUUCCAAACAGUCACCACUCAGUGUGGGUGAAGAGGUUCCCCUUGAAUUUUCUGCAGACUGUAGAAGUCAAGUUGACUGCAGUUCUGUCUGACAUGUUCUAUGCCCCUCAAAACUUUGGGCUGGGGAAGAAUGACAUUAGUAGUUAAGCUCGUUAUUCAGGGCUCAUUUCCACAUAUGUGUCAUUUCCCUUCUUCUAAAGCGUUAACAUAGAGGUAUGUACUCAUGAGUAUCUUGUACUUGUCACGUGACAGUGGUGUUGAUCUGCUGGACAUGAGGUAAUGGUCUUGUGAUGGUGGAGUGACGUCAUUUUCCCGCCAGUGAGUGGUCAUGAGAUAGUUUUUUCCAACAGGGUAUAAAAGCAGGACCCCUCCUUGUGAGGAGGUAGUUCAUAGUGGAACUCCUGUAUUGCUGCGUAUUUGCUAUAGUGAUGCAGUUUCUUUUAAAAGUGGAGUUUUACUUUCUACCUUGAGUCUAAAUGGUUAUUGCAGGCAGUUUUGUUAUAAUACUGCCAGUUAAAUUCAGUGGAGAGUGAAGAUUCGUCGAAAUUCGGGAAGUUAAAAGAUCGAGGAAAAUUGAUUUCGAUGGUAAAGCAGGUUUGACCUUGUUUGAUCCUGAUUUGGAAGGAAUUCGUCAGCUGUGCCCAUGAUAACUCCUGUUCUGCCGGGAGAAUUGAGGGUUGGGUAUAAAGUUUUGCCAAAGACAGGUCAGUACCUUUAAGCUGUUUCAUUGUCCUCUUUGUAAAUUCUCUGGGAAAAGCAUACUUCGAGUGGGAACAGCAGUAACACGAUGUGAAAGAGAAUUUAAAUUGUUUCCAGAAGUCUCUCCGAAGCAACUGAAUAAAACUUUGAACUUUCACAUUACUACUUGUAAGAACUGUUUUGCGUCAUUGCUUUAAGAACUGGUUUUGCAUUAUCGCUUUAAGAAAGGUUCAAGCUGCCCCACAACAGCUGACUUCCGGUUAAGUUGGUCAUUUGUUUAUUUUUGGGUUUUUUAGUAGUGUUUAAUAAAUGUUUUAUUUGUUAUAUAAAAAACCUGCCUCAAUUAUAUAUUCAUUGUUGCUGGAUUCCGUAAUAUUAAAAAUGGGGGCUCAUGGAAUGAACCAUUUUUGAGUUUAAAUGCUUGUUUGAUUUUGAAUCAGUGUUAUGGAAAAGGGGAAUACUUGAUUCUUUUGCUUGAUUGGCUUGUGUGUGGUAUUCAGCAACAAGGGAUAUUGAAGAAUUCUUGGAAUCACCUGAUUGGGAGUUAUUAGCGAAGGGAAAAAAAAAAAGUGAUGUAUCUCAGAUUGCUAGUAGGUUCGAACUAAAAGGUAUUUCGAGGUCUACAUCAAAGGCUGUAAUACAGAGAAAAAUUGCAUCACACUGUGUGGAUUUAGGUGAUUUUGAUGAAUCAACUUUUGAUUAGUUUCCAAUAAGUAAUCUAGAGAUACAGUUACAAAUAGAACAACUGAUGUUCGAGCAAAGUAAAGUGGACUUAGAGUGUUGUAUGCUGGAAGCUGAAAAUAAACAGAGGGUAUUAGAACUAAAGAUGGAGGAAUUGAUGUCUGCAAAUCAGUCUCCUGGUUCUAGAUAAACGUUUGUUGUUAGUCAGGAAAUUAAAUUGGUUCCUCCAUUUUGUGAAACAGAAGUAGAAAAAUAUUUUCAGCAUUUUGAAGCUAUUGCUCUGAUUUCAAAGUGGCCGAAAAAUAAAUGGUCAGUGUUGUUACAGAGUGUAACUAAAGGCAAAGCACAACAGGUUUAUACAGCUUUAACUGCGGAGCAAGUACUUGACUGAUAUUGUGAAACUGCACAUAUUGAUUGUGUAUGAUUGGUCCCAGAAGUAUAUAGAGAAAGGUUCAGAAAUUUGAAGAAAUCUGUGGAAAACAUGUGGAAUUUGUUUAUGAUAAAGCUGUAUGUUUGGAGAGAUGGGUUUCCUCUACAAAUGUAAAUGGGGACUAUAAUAAAUUGAAAGAGCUGAUUUUAAUGGAAUUUAAAAGAAGCAUCCCUGUUGAAGUAAGGACAUACUUAAAUGAGAGAGACACUGCUACAUUGCAGGACUCUGCUAGAUUAGCUGAUGAGUAUGUUUAAUCCAUAAGAAUAAAUUUCCUCAGGGUAGAAGUUUUAAAAGGAAAAAUAACACAGACACUCAAGGUAAAUUAGAAAUUAAAUCAGAAGUUAGUGUGAAAGGUAAGGAGGAAGGAAAACCGGUGAAGGAAAGACAGUUUGGUCCUAUCUGUAACUAUUGUAAGAAACCUGGUCAUGUAAUAGCUAAAUGUUUCCGAUUGAAAAAGAAAGAGAAGGAAGCAGUCCCAGAUGCUUGUCUGCAACAUACAGAAAUUCUUGUAAAUCCGCAGGGUUUGAUAAACACAAAUGACGUUUUGUUAGAGUCUGACCAAGUUAAAAAGGGAUAUGAUAAUUUUAUAACUGAAGAGUUUGUUUCCUUGAAAGAAGACUCCACUCCGGUGCCAAAAUAAAUCCUUAGGGAUACUGGAGCUUCAAAAUCACUGAUAUUAGACAGUGUAUUGAAGUUUAGUGAAGAGUCUGAUACUGGUGAGGUAAAUUACAUACGAGGUGUUGGGAGUAUGACUUAAGGCUGUACAUUUGCAUAAAGUAAAUUUAAAAUCAGGGUUAGUUACAGGAUUUGUUAAAGUAGGACUAUAGCCUAGCUUACCGGUGAAGGAUAUUUCUUUAUUGUUAGGUAAUGAUUUGGCAGGUGGACAAGUUUUUCCUGAAGUGCAUUUGACAAUGGAGUCAAAGGAACCACAGAUGAAUUCUAACACAGAUUCUUCUUGUGUUGUGACUCAAGCUAUGUCUAAAAAGAUUGAUGUGCAGAAUGAGGUUGUUACCCAUGACUGUUCAACUCAGGAUUCGAGUUUUGAGGAUGUGUCAGAAACUUUCUUACCUUCAUUGUUUGAACAAGAUUCUUGGAUUAAGUCUGUCCAUGAUGAUUUGUCUCUGUCCAGGAAGGAGAUGAUAGCAGAGCAGAGUAGAGACCCUGAGAUAAUUAAAUUAAAAGAACAAGCUCUUCCAGACAGUAAAAUUGAUAGGGUGCCAGUAGGAUAUUAUUUUGAAAAAGGAGCGUCGAUGAGGAAGUGGAAAUCGCCUGCAAUUCUUGCAAGUGAUGAAUGGAAUAUUGUUCACCAGGUAGUUGUUCCUAAAUUUUAUUAAAAUGAGAUUUUAAUUUUAGCUCAUAGUGUGCCCUUGGGUGGACGUCAACGGGUAAGGAAAACUCUGGACAGAAUUUUAAAACAUUUUUACUGGCCUAGUUUAAGAAAAGAUGUGGCGAUAUUUUGUAGAAUGAGCCAUACUUGUCAAAUUGUGGGUAAACCAACUCAAGUUGCACCAGUGGCUCCAUUGCAACCUAUUCCAGCAUUUGGUGAACCGUUUUCUAAAAUGAGUAUAGAUUGUGUAGGUCCAUUACCAAAAACAAGAACUGGUUAUCAGUAUUUGUUUACUAUCAUGUGCACUGCGUCUAGGUUUCCAGAGCCUGUACCACUUAAGAAUAUAACAGCUAAAACUGUAACAAAGGCUCGUAUAUUUUUUUUUACUUAUUUUGGAUUGCCUAAAGAAAUACAAUCUGAUCAAGGCAGUAAUUUUUUGUCUGGAUUGUUUCAACAAAUAGUUUAUAAAUUGGGAGUUAAGCAAAUUACUUCGUCUGUGUUCCAUACAGAGUCACAAGGUGCUUUGGAGAGGUUUCAUUCUACCCUCAAGCCUAUCAUUAGGAUGCAUUGUGUGGAAAAUGAAUGUGAUUGGGAUGAGGGUAUCUACUUACUUCUAUUUGGAGUAAGGGAGUCGGUGUAGGAAUCCUCAGUCCAUUGGAACGUGUAUUUGGGCACAGAGUUAGAGGACCUUUAGCUUUAUGAAAAGAGCAAUGGAUUAAUAAGGAGGUACACACUAAUUUGUUGGACUACGUUUUGAAACAUAAGGACAGAUUACAUAAAGCUUGUAGUUUAGCUAGGGAUAAUUUAAAAUUGGCUCAAGAGAAAAUGAAAUCCUGGUAUGAUUAAGAAGCUAGGAUGAGGACGUUUAAGCCUGGAGAUAGUGCUGGUUCUUUUCCCAGUGCAAAUGAAUCCUUUACAAGCUAACUUUCAUGGUCCUUAUGAAAUUGUGUCUAAAAUCAAUGAUGUAGAUUAUGUGAUUAAAAUCUCCAGAUCGUAGAAGGCCAACUCAAAUUUGCCAUAUAAAUAUGAUAAAGCCAGAUUAUGAGAAAAAGCCUGCUACUGUGAUUGUUGUGGUCAAUAAUAAUGAGUCUGAUCUCACUAGGAACAUUAUAGAUGACUUAUCUGAAAGCCGUUCUAAACCCAACAUUGUUUCUGCCAGGUUACCAAACUCAACCAUUCUGGAAAAUAUUGAUGAGAAAUUAGCACAUUUACAACCAGAACAGAAGCAGCAGAUGAAACAAUUAAUUUCUAAAUAUAAGGAUUUGUUUCCAGAUGUUCCUAGAAGAACCACAACAGAUGUAGAUGUUGGAGACGCCAAAACCAUUGAACAACACCCAUACAGAAUGAACACAGAAAAUUGUGAACUUGCUGAGAAAGAAAUUAAAUAUCUAUUAGAGAAUAAUUUUAUUUGACCUUCUAACUCGAAUUGGAGUUCACCUUGUGUUAUGGUGCCAAGAUCAUAUGGUAGUAUUAAGCUUUGUACGGACUAUAGGAAGGUGAAUGCUGUGACAAAAACAGAUGCAUAUCCAGUUCCUAGAGUAGAUGAUUGAGUAGAUAAGGUGGGAAAAGCUAAGUUCCUUACAAAGAUUGAUUUAUUGAAAGGGUAUUGGUGUGUUCCAUUAACGGAUGGAGGUAGAGAGAUAUCUGCAUUUGUAACUUCAUCUGGAUUAUAUAAAUAUAAUAUUCUUCCAUUUUGGAUGAAGAAUGUUCCAGGUACUUUCCAGAGGAUGAUUAACUUUGUGAUUCAGGGAUUAAAAGAUACAGAUGCUUAUAUUGACGAUUUAGUGACAGGAAAUGAUACUUGGGAAGCACACAUUAUUGCGGUGGAGAUAUUACUUGAAAGGCUUUCAAAAGCUAACCUAACUGUUAAUUUAGCUAAAAGUGAAUUUGGACAUGCCACUGUGACCUACCUUGGUUAUGUUGUGGGUCAAGGUAAGGUAGCUCCAGUUCAGGCAAAAGUUUGGGAAAUUUUAGAGAUUCCCACUCCAACUGGGAAAAAAAAAAGACCCUCAAAAGAUCUCUAGGAAUGGUAGGAUAUUAUCGAAAAUUUUGUAAGAAUGUUGCCCUUCCAUUACCUAACCUCUUGAAGAAGAAUGACAAGUUUGUGUGGACAGUGCCUUGUCAAGAAGCUUUUGUAAAAUUGAAAACUAUGAUAUGUCAACAACCUGUGCUCAGGGCACCUGACUAUGAAAAACGUUUUUCAUUAGCUGUGGAUGCUAGUGAUGAGGCUGCAGGAGCAGUAUUAUUGCAAAGGAAUGCGGGUGAUGUGGUUGAUCAUCCCGUAGCUUACUUUUCUAAGAAACUUAAUAAGCAUCAAAUAAAGGAUUCAACAAGAGAAUGUCGGGGUUCGGUCCAAUGUCUGCAUUCCGGGUUUCGAUCCGGUCCGCGUGCUGCGGUUUUUGCAGCUGUCCCUGCCGGCCCAUCUGAGCCUGUUAAGAUCAUCCUGAAUCAACGAGGCACACCUGUGGCCUAUUCGGCUGCCGGUGUUUAUCAGGGGCCGUAGGACGAGACCGGCCGUUGGUCGUUUUGUUUUGUUUCUCGCCGGUUCCGAACUCUUCUCAGCAUUCUGUUUUUCUGCCCGGGCUCAGUUCUACCCCGCAUCCUUUUGUUAUGCCCUGUACCAGUGGUGCCAGGUUGGCCCUCUCCCCCACCUUUCUUCCCAUGCGCUGUCCCGCCUCUCCACUCGUUUGUUUUGUUCGCGCGGUCACGUGUCUGCCGGUUUUUCUCGAUUUUCCUACUAUCAGGGCUUUUGUACUGGUCACCCUGGACCUAUGUCCCUUCCUACCCGUAGCCUCCGUCGGGCAGGUCCGGCCGGACUGCCGCUGCCCUGGCUGCAGUUCUGCCCCUUCCACCUACUGUUAAGGGUUGUGCCCCACACCUGCCCAGGUGUCCACGACUGACCCAGGCCUCCUUGUCUACCGCCUGGGAGGCAGCCCUUCCCGGGAUCAAUGCGGCCCGCCCAGGGAGGGCUCUCCGCCAGCCUAUCUAGCCACCUAGACCCUGACGUCCGCCUGAAUCCCGGAUCCACCCUGCCUGUCUGCCAGACCCCGGGGACCUGUCUGCCUGCCUGCCCGAACACCGGGGGCCUGUCUGCCUGAACUCCGGGAGCCCGCUGUGCUCUGCCUGCCUGCCUCGUGUGAACUCUGGGAUCCUCCUGCCUGCCUGCCUCGUCUGAACCGUGGGAUCUUCCCGCCUCGCAUGAUCUCCGGGAUCUUGCCACCACCCCCCCCCCCCCCGCCUUUCCCCUCACAUGCCAUGGCAUCCCCGUCCUGUCCAACCCCUAGUACUUCAGUGUCUGCGUCCUGCACUUGGGUCCAUCCGGCCCCCGUUCCUGACAUAGAAAAGGAAUUGUUAUCUCUUGUUUUAGCUUUAGAAAAUUUUGAUGUAUAUAUUGAUACAACUCAACAGCCAUUUAUAAUCUACAGUGAACUUAUCUGUUAGUGUAUCUAAGUAAGAUUAAAAAUAAAAGAUUAUUGAAUUGGAAUUUGAUGUUACAAGAGUAAAAUAUUCUAAUAACAAUAUUAAAGGUAAAGAUAAUGCAAUUGCUGAUUGUCUAUCUCGAUGUUGAAUGUACAAUGUAAUUUUUUUAUUGAAUGAUAUUUUAACAUUAGUAACACUCUUGUGUAAUAAUCUGUCAGCUGAUGUAUGAUGAUACUAUAUACUGUGUAUGUUUUAAAUUUUAUACAUUUGUAUUUCUUUUGUGAAUUAAUAGUUAAAAUUUUGUUCUUGAUUUUAAAUUUUUUUGGAGGGAGGUGUUACGUACUCGUGGGUAUCUUGUACUUGUCACGUGACAGUGGCGUUGAGCUGCUGGACAUGAGGUUGGUCUUGUGAUGUUGGAGUGACGUCAUUUUGCCACCAGUGAGUGGUCAUGUGGUAGGAUUUUUCAACAUGGUACAGAAGGAGGACCGCUCCCUGCGAGGAGGUAGUUCAUGGUAGAACACCCGUAUCGCUGCAUAUUCACUGUUAUGACGCAAUUUCAUUUAAAAGUGGAGUUUUACUUGCUACCUUAAGUCUAAAAGAUUAUUGCCGGCAGUUUUGUUACAAUACUGCCAGUUAACGUCAGUGGAGAGUGAAGAUUUGUCGAAAUUUGGAAGGUUAAAAGAUCGAGGAAAGUUGAUUUCGACGGUAAAGCAGGUUUGACCUUGUUUGAUCCUCAUUUGGAAGGAAUUCGUUAUAUGUGCCCAUGAUAACUCCAUCUCUGCCGGAAGAAUUAGAGGGUAGCAUAUAAAGUUUAGCUAAAGAAAAGUCAGUGCCUUUAAGCCGUCUCAUUGUCCUUUUCGUAAAUUCUCCGGGAAAAGCAUACUUCGACUGGGAACAGCAGGAACACGACGUGAAACAGAAUUUAAAUUGUUUCAAGAAGUCUCUCCUGAGCAACUGAAUAAAACUCUGAACUUUCACAUUACUAAUUAUAAGAACUGUUUCCAAAUUAACGCUUUAAGAAAAGGUUCAAGCUGCCACACAGCAGCCGACUUCCGGUCAAGUUAGUGUUUGUUUAUUUUUGCGUAUUUUUUAGUAGUUUAAUAAAAGUUUUAUUUGUUAUCAA